ACCUGAGCCAGUAAUCUGAAGCUGACAUGGCACCAGAAAAGGAAAGUAAUGGUCUUGACAACUAUGCAUUUUCAACAAAAGGUGAUGAGGAGCUGAACCCGUCCAUGGACGAGGACAACAACAGGCUGGUGUACUGUGUGACAGAUGUUCCUCCCUGGUACCUCUGCAUCAUUCUCGGCAUUCAGCACUGUUUGACGGCGUUUGGAGGGAUCAUUGCCAUACCCCUGAUCCUGUCCCAGGGUUUGUGUCUGCAGCAGGACAGUCUCACUCAGAGUCACCUCAUCAGUACCAUCUUCUUCGUCUCCGGCUUAUGCACGCUGCUGCAGGUGACCUUUGGCAUUAGAUUGCCGAUCCUCCAGGGCGGCACAUUUACGUUGCUCGCCCCUUCCAUGGCGAUGUUGUCUAUGCCGGAGUGGGCCUGUCCUGCUUGGACACAGAAUGCCAGUGUGGUCAAUACUUCGUCGUCAGACUUCAUAGAGGUGUGGCAGAGUCGAAUGAGAGCACUCCAGGGAUCCAUCAUGGUUGGCUCAGUCUUCCAAAUAUUUGUUGGUUUCUCCGGUCUCAUUGGUCUCUUCAUGCGCUUCAUUGGACCGCUGACUAUCGCCCCCACCAUCUCCCUGAUUGGACUCUCGCUCUUUGAAUCAGCUGGAACCAGCGCUGGCAACCACUGGGCUAUCGCUGUCAUGACCACAGCACUCAUCAUCCUGUUCUCUCAGUACCUUCGUCACAUUGCGAUUCCAUUCCCUACAUACAGCAAGGACAGAAAACUGCACACUGUACCCAUCUACGUCUUCCAGAUUCUCCCUGUUCUUCUUGGGAUUACUCUGUCUUGGCUUGUGUGCUACAUUUUGACAAGGUACAACGUACUUCCAUCUGAUCCAGACCGGUAUGGCUACCUGGCUCGCACCGAUCUAAAGGGAGAUGUUAUUGUCCAAGCUCCAUGGAUCAGUUUUCCAUAUCCAGGCCAAUGGGGAAUGCCCACCGUCAGCCUGGCAGGUGUGGUUGGCAUCUUAGCUGGUGUGAUUUCAUCCAUGAUAGAAUCAGUGGGGGACUACCACGCCUGUGCCAGGCUGUCUGGGGCUCCUCCUCCCCCCAAGCACGCUAUCAACAGGGGUAUUGGUAUCGAGGGAUUUGGCUGCCUGCUGGCUGGAGCCUGGGGAACAGGAAAUGGUACUACAUCAUACAGUGAGAACGUUGGAGCACUGGGUAUUACAAAGGUUGGAAGUCGUACGGUGAUUGUAGCCAGCGGAGUGUUGAUGAUUUCCAUGGGUGUGUUUGGUAAAAUAAGUGCUAUAUUCACAACAAUCCCAUCACCUGUGAUCGGGGGGAUGUUCUUGGUUAUAUUCGGUGUCAUUUCUGCAGCAGGAGUGUCCAACCUGCAGUAUGCUGACAUGAAUUCAGCCAGAAACAUCUUUAUUUUUGGCUUCUCCAUGUUCUGUGGUUUGGUCAUUCCUAACUGGAUAUUAAAGAACCCCACAGCUAUAGCUACAGGUGUGGAAGAACUUAACCAGGUGCUGCAGGUACUUCUGACAACCAGCAUGUUUGUCGGAGGAUUCUUUGGUUUUAUCCUGGACAACACUAUCCCAGGAUCAAAGCAAGAACGAGGCAUCCUAGCCUGGAAUAAAGCUCAUGAGGACGACUCGAGCAACACAGCAGAGAGUGGAGCAGUCUACCACCUACCCUUUGGGAUCAGUUCUUACUCCAUGUCAUCCUGGUUCCAGUACUUACCUUUCUGCUCUCCUGGUGUGUCUACUUCUCCGGAAAAAAGUGGUGCAGACAUCAAUACUGUGUACCCCGAGCAGCCACUGGGGCAUCCGGAACCCUCACAGAUAGUCGUCGGAGUUGGUCUGUGAGGUGUCUUAUCUCCACUCUGCCAUUUUGGGGAUUCACAAAACAUCACUGUCAACGGCAGCUAACUUCUUCUGUCCAUUACUGUUGAUGUACUGUUGACAACAUGG